AUGGAAAGAUACGGAGAAUUCGGCAUACUUACCAGGCAUGGCUGGGUUGCUCGAUGUCUGCGCUCUUUGCCCCUGGAAAAAGGGCUGCGGGGCUGGAGCGAGGAUGCGCAGAGCGAGGCAGGGAGGCGGCGGGUGCGGGCGCUCCGCGGCUGCGCGGCGCGUGCUAGCGGCGGCUGGGUCCCGGCCCGCGCCCGCGGCGCCCCCGCUGCGGCCGGAGCGGCCUGGCUGCAGGAUCCGUGCGUAGCGAUGGCGGGGCCGCCCCGGCAGCGCCCGGCCUGGGCACCUUUGCUGCUGCGGCUGCUGCUGGCGGGGAUCGCUGCCUGCGAGGCCAGCCCCGCGGAUGACGGCGCGGGCCCGGGGGGCCGAGGACCCCGGGGACGCGCGCGAGGGGACGCGGGCGCCGACGAGGCAGUGCCGCGCCACGACUCCUCCUACGGCACCUUUGCGGGCGAGUUCUACGACCUGCGCUACCUGUCGGAGGAGGGCUACCCUUUCCCCACUGCUCCUCCUGUGGACCCAUUUGCCAAAAUCAAGGUGGAAGACUGCGGAAGAACUAAGGGAUGCUUCAGGUACGGCAAGCCAGGCUGCAAUGCAGACACCUGUGACUACUUCCUUAGCUACCGGAUGAUAGGCGCCGACGUGGAGUUUGAGCUGAGUGCAGACACGGAUGGUUGGGUUGCAGUUGGAUUCUCUUCAGACAAAAAGAUGUGCCAAGACUGGGAGCAACCUUUAACACAAAGGCCCUUGGGAGACCCAGACCAAGGCACCACCAAUGGCCAUAGUAAGGAGGGGCUCAGUUCUGGGCUAUUUUGA